AUGGGCUAUGGCAUGCUCAAUGGCAGCUGUGGGAUGAUAGGCUGUGGCAUGCUCAAUGGUAGCUGUGGGGUGAUGGGCUGUGGCAUGCUCAAUGGCAGCCGUGGGGUGAUGGGGUGUGGCAUGCUCAAUGACAGCAGUGGGGUGAUGGGCUAUGGCAUGCUCAAUGGCAGCCGUGGGAUGAUGGGCUGUGGCAUGAUCAAUGGCAGCCGUGGGGUGAUGGGCUGUGUCAUGCUCAAUGGCAGCCAUGGGGUGAUGGGCUGUGGCAUGAUCAAUGGCAGCCGUGGGGUGAUGGGCUGUGUCAUGCUCAAUGACAGCUGUGGGGUGAUGGGCUGUGGUAUGCUCAAUGGCAGCUGUGGAGUGAUGGGCUGUGGCAUGCUCAGUGUUAGCCAUGGGGUGAUGGGCUGUGGUAUGCUCAAUGGCAGCCGUGGGGUGAUGGGCUGUGGCAUGCUCAAUGGCAACAGCAUGAUGCUUCUGCAGCAUCCUUAA